GAGACAUGUCUGAAAGUAAAGCCAAGAAGAUUGAGAUAAAAGACGUUGAUGGGCAGACCCUGAGGAAGCUGAUUGAUUACAUCUACACCGCUGAGAUCGAGGUCACGGAAGAGAAUGUGCAGGUUUUAUUGCCAGCUGCUAGUUUAUUGCAAUUGAUGGAUGUGAGAAAAAACUGCUGUGACUUUCUUCAGUCCCAGCUGCAUCCCACGAACUGCCUUGGCAUCCGAGCUUUUGCCGAUGUGCACGCGUGUACUGAACUGCUGCAGCAGGCAAACGCCUACGCAGAGCAGCACUUCCCUGAGGUGAUGCUAGGCGAAGAAUUUCUUAGCCUUAGUCUGGACCAGGUUUGCAGUUUAAUAUCAAGCGACAAGCUCACAGUCUCCUCUGAAGAAAAGGUCUUUGAAGCAGUUAUUUCUUGGAUAAAUUAUGAGAAGGAAUCUCGCUUAGAGCAUAUGGCUAAACUGAUGGAGCAUGUUCGCCUUCCCCUUUUGCCCAGAGAUUAUCUUGUACAGACAGUUGAGGAAGAAGCUUUAAUCAAGAAUAACAACACCUGUAAAGACUUCCUUAUCGAGGCCAUGAAAUAUCAUUUGCUUCCUCUGGAUCAAAGGCAACUGAUAAAGAAUCCCAGAACAAAGCCGAGGACUCCCGUUAGCCUGCCAAAGGUGAUGAUCGUGGUGGGUGGGCAAGCACCCAAAGCCAUUCGAAGUGUGGAGUGCUAUGAUUUUGAGGAGGAGAGGUGGGAUCAAGUUGCUGAGCUUCCUUCCCGGAGGUGCCGAGCAGGUGUGGUGUUUAUGGCUGGCAACGUUUAUGCUGUCGGGGGCUUCAACGGGUCCUUAAGGGUACGGACGGUUGAUGUGUACGAUGGCGUGAAGGACCAGUGGACCUCCAUAGCCAGCAUGCAGGAAAGGCGAAGCACGUUAGGGGCAGCUGUGCUCAAUGAUCUCCUGUAUGCAGUCGGCGGCUUCGAUGGCAGCACUGGUCUGGCAUCAGUUGAGGCCUAUAGCUAUAAAACCAAUGAGUGGUUUUUUGUGGCUCCCAUGAACACAAGAAGAAGCAGUGUUGGAGUUGGAGUUGUGGAGGGUAAGCUCUAUGCCGUGGGGGGUUACGAUGGAGCGUCCCGUCAGUGCCUUAGUACCGUCGAGCAGUAUAACCCAGCCACGAACGAAUGGACCUACGUAGCCGACAUGAGCACGCGACGCAGCGGCGCAGGUGUUGGUGUUCUCAGCGGGCUGCUCUACGCUACCGGCGGGCACGACGGUCCCUUAGUAAGGAAGAGUGUGGAAGUCUAUGAUCCAGGAACAAACACCUGGAAGCAAGUAGCAGACAUGAACAUGUGUAGAAGAAAUGCAGGUGUGUGUGCCGUGAAUGGUCUCCUCUAUGUCGUGGGAGGAGAUGAUGGUUCCUGUAAUUUGGCCUCAGUGGAAUACUACAACCCCAUCACAGAUAAGUGGACGUUACUACCAACCAGCAUGAGCACGGGGAGAAGUUAUGCAGGUGUGGCUGUGAUUCACAAACCCUUGUGACACAUGAUCAGGCCAAUGUGAGGAGCAGAAGUGAAGUGAAUCCAGCUGGGUGGUUGGGAAGAUGACUGACCUCUGACUUGACCCCUCUCAUUGCUGUUAACGUCUUAGCAUGACAAGUGAUACGUUACAAACAUCAUCUGCUCUGCGGUGGAUUGCGUAGCGAAGCGAAAAUCCCUCUGGGGACAUGUUCCGUGCUAGACAUGAGGUGUUGCUUGUUAUCUGUGGUGCAAUCAACUGGUGUCCUGAGAUAAACACUGUGCUUGGACUGCAGGCACUGAAUUUCUUGUGUGAAACAAAACUGCUACGUUUGGGCAUGUGAGUAAAAACAAACAUUUCUGGAUUUCUUCACUACUGAUGCUCCGUGCACGUUGUCAGUUGAACUGUUUACUCACUGUGCCUGGAAGGUGGACUUUACUACUGGCAGUGGAAACUUCUGAGUACCAACCCAGAAAAGCAGUCAGCAGAAACGGACUGGAACAGGGUGCUCUGGCUUGUGUGACGCUGUCUCAGUCAUACGUUUGUACAUGCCACCGGAGUACUGUGUGUAUCCCUGAAAUGCUUCUCGUAUGGUGGAAAUAAAUACCACGUGAUUUUUCUA